AUGAACUCCAUCACCUUCAUCACCUCCAUCACCUCCAUCACCUCCAUCACCUCCAUCACCUCCAUCACCUCCAUCACCUCCAUCACCUCUGCCAUCACACUCACCACACCCACCACUUCAUCAACAAUGGAAACCGAGGUCUUGAAGAUUAUUGCAGGGCUCCGCGAAAGAGAUCACUUCACCGACUUGAUUGUCAGAUGUGAGAACAAGACUUUCAACGUUCACAAGAUCAUCGUUAGUGGCUGGUCGGAAUGGUUCAAGAUAGCUCUGACGAGCGGAUUCAAGGAGGGAAGCAGCGGCGAGAUCGCGCUCAUCGACGAUGAUGAAGAUGAUGUGUCCAACAUGAUCCACUUCUGCUACCACAUGCAAUACCCCGACAUGUAUGAAGGUAGUCUGACACUACAUGCGCGCAUGUUCGCCCUGGGCGAGAAGUAUUUGGUACCAGCUAUGCAGGCGUACGCCGUCUCGAAGUUCCGUACAUCGCUUGCUAGAAGCUUCAUCAUCGCCGACUUUGCUGGUGCUGUCAAAGAAUGCUAUACCAACUCGAUGGAUCCGAAGCGCCUCCUCAAGACCGUAGUGCUCGAGACAUCCGUUGGACGUGCUCGCGAGCUGUUCGUCUCGAAUGCCAGUGAUGCAGACUUCCGUCAGAUGGUCCACAAGUUGCCUGAGUAUACUGCGGAUGUCUUGCGCAAUGUCGUAAAUACAUACAAGUGCCCCACGCACAUCGAUUUCGAUGGACUGCCAUGCAGUGGGACGGUCGAAUUGGACGCCGAGACGAAAUGUGGGACAUGCUCGUGCUCUUACGCYCAGUACAAUACCGCAGCGUACAAGGAAUAUUGGCGGAGCCGUGCGAUUUAA